CUGUCAGACAAGCUACAUGCUUUAAAAUCAACGUCUCAAGACAAACAUUUCCCCUUUGAGCAGCAAACACAUGACCCCAAGGUCUGUCCCCAGACUUGGAAAGGAGCAUUUGUGGAGUUGAUCCCUACCUGAGCAGGACUGUGAUCCCACAGGAGUCUGUGACAUUCAAAGAUGUGGCUGUGGACUUCACCCGGGAAGAAUGGCACCACGUAGGCCCUGCCCAGAGGAGCUUAUACAGGGACGUGAUGCUGGAGAACUACAGCCACCUGGUCUCUCUCGGGUAUCAAGUGUCCAAGCCAGAGGUGAUCUUCAAAUUGGAGCAAGGAGAAGAACCGUGGAUAUCAGAGAGAGAAAUCCAGAGACCUUUCUGUCCAGUGUAAGGCUUCCGCAGUCUCAUCUGUCCUGUAGCCUUCUGUUUGCACUGAAAGGAAUUUGGGAACUUUUGCACUUUAUAUCUCUUUUAGACUGGAAGACCAGGCCUGACACCAAGCCGUCAAGUCUUCGGCAAGGCACAUCUGGAGGAUCCCACAGUACAGAUGUUCUGUCACAUGCCACACGAGGAGAUCCCUGGGAUGUCAGGAUCCAGAGGCACCAGGAGAGUUGGGGGAGACAUCUGGGACCAGAGGCAUCAUCCCAGAAAGAAAUAGCCACUCUGGAGACAAAUCUUAAGCAAAAUAAAUAUGAUGAAGACUCUAGAUUGAGCACAGACUUGGUCCCACAACUAGACAUGCCUUCAAGUGUAAGGCCCAGUGGAUGUGAAACACUUGGAAAUAACUUGGAGAAUAACUCAGAAUCAGUUACUCGGAAUAGUAUCCCUGCAAAAAAGAAACCUUAUAAAUGUGAUAAAUGUCGAAAGUCAUUUAUUCACAGAUCGUCCCUUAAUAAGCAUGAGAAAAUUCAUAAAGAUGACGCUUAUCCCAAUGGUACAGACCAAGGCGUCUAUUCUGGAAGGAAACAUCAUGAAUGUACUGAUUGUGGGAAGACCUUCCUCUGGAAAACACAGCUUACUGAACAUCAGAGAAUUCACACUGGGGAAAAGCCCUUCGAGUGUACUGUGUGUGGGAAGGCCUUCAGGCACAGCUCCUCGCUCGGUCAGCAUGAAAAUGCACACACAGGAGAGAAGCCCUACCAGUGUAGUCUCUGUGGGAAAGCCUUCCAGCGCAGUUCCUCCCUCGUUCAACACCAGAGAAUCCACACUGGAGAAAAACCCUACCGAUGCAAUCUCUGCGGGCGGUCGUUUAGGCACGGUACCUCCCUCACUCAACAUGAGGUUACACACAGUGGAGAGAAACCCUUCCAGUGCAAGGAGUGCGGGAAAGCCUUUAGUAGAUGUUCUUCGCUUGUCCAGCACGAGAGGACUCACACCGGAGAGAAGCCUUUUGAAUGUAGCAUAUGUGGGAGGGCUUUUGGGCAGAGCCCAUCCCUCUACAAGCAUAUGAGGAUUCACAAAAGAGGCAAGCCUUACCAAAGCAGCGACUUCAGCAUGGCUUUCGAGCCUGAUGCAUCUCUUAUUCAAGGUGAAAGUGCACUUACUGAAGUGAAAUUGCACCAUUGUGAUGACUGUGGGGAAGACUUCAGUCACAUCGCAGACUUCAGGGACCAUCAGAGGGUCCAUGCUGGAGAGAUGUCCUAUGACGCUGAGCAGACCCUUAGUCAGCAGUCUGUGUCUCAGCCCGGAGAGAAGCCCUACCAGUGUAAUGUAUGUGGAAAAGCUUUUAAAAGGAGCACAAGUUUCAUAGAACAUCAUAGAAUUCACACUGGAGAGAAACCCUACGAGUGUAACGAAUGCGGAGAAGCCUUCAGUCGGCGCUCGUCACUGACCCAGCAUGAGAGAACCCACACUGGAGAGAAACCCUAUGAAUGUAUCGACUGCGGCAAAGCCUUCAGUCAGAGCUCAUCCCUUAUUCAGCAUGAAAGAACGCAUACCGGGGAGAAACCCUAUGAAUGUAACGAAUGUGGGCGUGCCUUUAGAAAGAAAACCAACCUGCACGAUCAUCAGAGAAUCCAUACUGGAGAAAAACCUUAUACUUGUAAGGAAUGUGGGAAAAACUUCAGUAGGAGCUCAGCUCUUACUAAACACCAGAGAAUUCAUACACGAGAUAAACUGUAGGAAACCGGAAAUUAUGGAACGGGUAGGAAGCUUUGUCUAAAGUACGGUUCCAGUCUGGUUUCAGGAUUCUGAAAGUUUGGAACUGUAAUUAUGUUUUUGUACCCUGCAUAUGGAGAAAACUGUGCCAAGAGACAGUUUUUUUUUUUAAAUAAA